AUGUCGACUGACAAACGACAACUCAAGUACUCCGGCCCCCAGGAAAAGGUCACUGAGCUCAUCACUGGGUCAAGCAUAUUAGUCCCACCUUGCGAGAUUUCUGGCAUACGCCUGGGAGGGAUUGCCACACCUUGUGAAGACGACGGGCACGCGGCUCCGGAUGUCUCCUUUCAUUGCUUCCCGAAAGACACAGCAACUCGUGACCUCUGGGUUCAGGCACUUGUCGAAAACACAACCGUACCGGCAUCCUGGAAGCCAGGGCUAAGCCACAGGAUCUGUGGAGCUCAUUUCAACGUCCUUGGCAAGAGGAAAUACAUGGACAAAGUACCAUGGUUGUUGAAGCCUGGUACAUUCAUUCAGACGACACAUCAGACAUGUCGUUCUGUUAAUGAAGAGCCGUCUCUUCUCGAAGUGGCUGAUGAGACAACAGUGGAGACGUCCUUCGAAGGGCUCAGUUCAACUGAUGUAUCGUGCUCCGAACAAGAGUCUAGCUUCAGUGUGUCACACCAUGGAUAUGAUGCAGCAGAAGAAUCAAAGAUUCGUGAGGAGCUUGCACUACUUUCAAAAGAAAAUCAGGAACUCAGGAAACUGAACUCAAGGCUGCUUCAGGAGAAGAGCGAUGCUGAGAAUGCCAGUGCAAAGCGUCUGGAAGCUUACACCAGGGAAGUUCAAGAUUUGGAACAGAAACUUUGUGCUGCACAGGUGGAUCGACAAAACUUGCAGUCACAUAUUCAAGAACUCCAGAGAAGAUUGCAGCGACAUGAACACAGUGAGCGUCACCUGCCUAAACCAACUCCAUCGGACGUUCUAAAGGACAGUGACAAACUUCGUUUCUACACCGGCUUCACGACCCAUGAGCCGUUUAAAACGUUUUGUGAAUUUGUUCGUGCUGGUCAUGAGGACUAUAAGAGACUGUCGAGCAAAGCAGGUUCAAAUAAGGGAAGACCUCCUUUGUUUAGCUUGGAAGAACAGUUGGCUCUUGUUUUGACGAGACUAAGGGUUGGGCUCCUUGAGCAAGACCUUGCGUACAGGUAUUCGACAAGUGUAGCAUAUAUCAGUGAGCUGUGUUCAUUUUGGGUAGAAUUUUUAUGCGAGUACCUUGACAAAACACCGAUAUGGCCAAGCAGAGACAUUGUAGACGAGUUCAUGCCUGAAGUGUUCAGGGAGUCUUACCCGUCAACAAGAGUUAUCUUGGACUGCACGGAGCUGUACAUUGAAACCCCAAGUGACUUUCGUGUUCAAAGUGACACCUAUUCCAAGUACAAGUCCCACAACACAGCAAAAGGUCUGAUCGGAAUUGCUCCUAAUUUUUUUGUGACAUUUGUUAGUGACCUAGCGCCUGGAAGGAUUUCGGAUAAGGCACUGGUUCGGCAAAGUGGGUUGUACAAGCUGCUCGAGGAAGGAGAUGCUGUCAUGGCAGACAGAGGCUUUCUGAUCAAAGAGGACCUUGCUGACCUCAAAGUUGACCUGAACAUUCCUCCAUUCUUAAAUGGUGCCUCUCAGUUGUCUCUUGCAGAUGAAAGUACAACUAGGGCUAUUGCAAAAGCACGGAUUCACGUGGAGCGUGUUAUCAGGCAGGUGACCCUCUUCUUGACAGAAAGCAGGAUGCUGCUGUGCUGUAAUCGUGCUUAA